AUGACCCUCGACUUCAACACCAAUGGCGGGGGGGAGGCCUUGAUCAGCCUGACCUUCGAUCAGCACCACCGAGAACAAACCGCAUAUGCAUAUUCAACGGCGCCGGCUACGCAUUCGCACCCGUCAACUGCCUCUGGAAUCAUGACCAACACGCGACCUUGGGCCUUGCCGCUCGAUAUGGCCUCCAACAACCCGCAGGCGACCUCAACCGCCUCACCCGAGGAUCACCAAGGCAGUUCGCCCUUGUCUCAUGCCUCAAGUCCGCACAGCCAGAAUUCUCCGUUGCAGCAUUCUCCCUUUCAGCCUGCCACCAACCCCUUGACUGAUUGGGGCCAGCAACAACAGCAGCAGCAACAGCGUCAUCAACAAGCCACGGCGACGCACCAGCAACCUCAGCAGCCCUUGCCCGCCCAAGAUCUGGCUCAGUUUAUUCAAGAUAGUGCUCUCGUGGGCUUUAACGCUUUCCCUCCAAACUUUCAGCCCAAUCCUCUGGACUAUCUGCCACCCACCACGCAGGCCGCAUUACAAGCCAACCUUCUGGAGUCGCCGUUCACAUCUAUGCCUUCUAUAGAAGAAACCGCACAUGCCAUGCACUGGGGAAGCAGUGGGAUGGAUAACUGGCACGACUCUCAGAGCACCCUGCAGAUGGAUGGCUUGCCCCGGUUAGGUAGUGUCGGCAGCAAUUCACCAACCGGGACCUAUUUAGAAGUCUUGUCCCUUCCCUCAUCGGCCGGAGAAGGGUGGGCGAUGGUCGACUGGGGUCACCAUGGCUUGGACCAUUUUCAGCAAGCCCAAAAUGCGGCCAUUUUCAACCCUAGUCAGACCUUGCACUUGAGAACCAAUUCAGACUCGUCGGAGGGUGCCAAUUCAAUGGAAUUCGGUAGCUUUGAGGAAAUUGCGGCCUUUCCGUACUCACCCUUCUCACCGGAGUCAGACGGCUAUGUUGACCAACACUGCAACCACAACCAUUCCAACCAUCGUCAUUGCUUUGGCGGCGAGCCUCGCAACCACAGCCACGAUGCAGUCGUCAGCCCUACCACCGCUGUUGCUCCUAUGGCUAUUAAGGCUGAUUCUUCAUCCUCGGUUCGCCACAGCCCCGGAAGUGGCGCCGGCUCUGUAUCACCAGCAUCUACCAUGACUUCCCGUAGGAAUUCUGGACCUCGCAAGAGCCCUAUAACAAAGAGCACCACUAAAACGAUUAUUCGUCGAUCGUCCAAUGGCAAGAGAGACGGCACGGUUGAGAAGAAGGUCGGGCGGAGAAAGGGACCCCUUCUACCAGAGCAGCGAAAGCAAGCCAGCGAAAUCAGAAAGUUGAGAGCUUGCCUUCGCUGCAAGUUCCUGAAAAAGACUUGCGACAAGGGUGAGCCUUGUGCUGGAUGCCAACCGUCGCAUGCUCGACUGUGGCAGGUUCCAUGUACGCGUAUAGACAUCAAGGAUAUUGGCUACUUCAUGAAGGAUUGGAAGGCCGACUAUGAGAGACAUGUCGAUCUUGGUAUGUCAGUCUACAAUGUCAAGGGUUUCUCUUCCAAGGAGACUCUGAUGUGGAUUACCCAUGGAUAUGGCUUUGCCCUUCCUGUCAUGGUUCGCGAAGUCUUCGUCGCUGACGAGACCUGCUUCGCCGUCGAGUGGGUCGAGUCAGCCAUUCCCAACCAAGACCCCAUCGACUUUGAAACUCGCACGGAGAAGCUCGACGUCGGUGCUGAAGGCAUUCGUCUCGAUGCCCUGCAGGAGUAUCUCGACAAACACGUCGACGGUCCGUUCGAGGACUUUAUUGACGACCACUUCGAGGGAACUCCAUUCAUUACGGAGAUUCUCAAGACGGCUCACCGCUACUAUGUCAAGGACAGGAUGCCCGUCAUCAAAAAGGCACUGAAGCUGGUCCUGGCUUACAACCUGACGAUGCACAUCACCAUGGUCGAGAACCAAGGUUCUGAGGUCACCUUGGACGGCCAGAUCGAUGACGAAGACUCCAAGUUUUAUGGCCGCACCGUCGCACCUGUCAUGAUAAACUUCCAGAUAAAGUGUGCCUUGGCGGAUAUGUGGCGUGAGUUGCAGAAAGAUAUUCUGGAGGAACUGUCUGCGCUCUACUCGGGCGUGUAUAGUGGCGAGAAGAUGAAAAACUGGCCGACCAUCUUUAUGCUGGCCUCUAUUCUGCUUGCCGUCUGGGAGGAGAUGCAGUUUGACUGCCACUACCGUGUCCCUGACCCCGCGGCCGUGAACAAGUUUUGCCAGGAUAUGGAGACCACCCCUGUCGGUGUCAUCGUGGGCCUCUUCCAUGCCAUCUCUCAGAAGUUGCCGGCUUUCACCGACUGGGACACCAGACAACACGGUCACCUCCUUCAUAAUAAUAUCUCCGUUUGUGAGGCUAUGACUGAAGUUCGUCAGCACGUCAUCAAGCACGAGUCAUACCUGCGUACUCGCAAGGAGACCAAGUUUGACCGGUACGACUUUGACUCAUUGUCAAAUAAGUUUCUGUCUAAGCUGGUCAUUCGCGCCAACUAA